UGAUACUUGAAAGGAAUCCCAUAUAUAAGAGGAAGAGGAGGUGGGAGAGAAUCUGAGAAAGAUCAAUGUACGUAGUUACCCAAACUUACACACUCACGCUCGAAACACACAUGGGACCAUUGUCCUGUGCUUAAAUUCGAGCUUUUUCGUGGACGACACGAUCCGAGUCUGCCGCUCUCUCUCUCUCUCUCUCUCUCUCUCUCUCGAGAAAGCUUUUAUCUUUCUUGUUUAGCUUUCUUUCUCUCCUCUUUCUUUCUUUCAAGAAUCAAAUGGAAAUGGAAGAUCACAAUCACCAUAAUCAGUAUAAUAUAGAUCUCAGGCAGUUCAUCAGUGGGAGGCCAAUCCAUUUCCCUGCAAUCCCACAGCCAUCGCCAACUGAGCUCUUCGCUGCCCACAGGAGUCUACCACCACAGACCCGCCACUAUGAUAUGAUGAUGCUGAUGCCUCGGAGUGGUGGUUUACACGACUUCCACUCGGAUUCUACUACUGCUGCUUGUGUCCCUCCUCCACCUCCUCCUCCUCCUGCUGCCACUGCUGCUGCUAAUAGUGGCAAUACCACUGUUGCUGCAACUUCUGCUACACCUACACUAAGUGGUUUAGAAGCUGAGAUAGGCUCCUUUGGUGGUGAUGCUGGUACUGGAAGAUGGCCUCGACAAGAGACUUUAACACUUCUUGAUAUCAGAUCUCGUCUUGAUUCCAAGUUCAAGGAGGCUAAUCAAAAGGGUCCCUUGUGGGAUGAAGUUUCUAGGAUCAUGUAUGAGGAACAUGGGUAUCAGAGAAGUGGCAAGAAAUGCAGGGAAAAGUUUGAAAACUUGUACAAGUACUACAAGAAGACUAAGGAAGGAAAAGCUGGAAGACAAGAUGGCAAGCACUAUAGAUUCUUCAGACAACUUGAAGCUCUUUAUGGAGAGACAAGCAAUCCUGCCUUAGUCCCAGAAACCCAAUUUGGUGGAACUGGUCUUCGAUUUCACAGUAGUAACCAAGCAAACAACGGGAUCUUUCAUUCUCAAAAGCUUUGUGAUAGUCUUAGCCUCUCCGACUCUGCCGAAUUUGAUACUUCUUCUGAGGAAAAUGAUCUAAGCACGGGUACAUUAAUGGAGAAUGGUUCAACAGAAAAGAGGAGGAAGAGAAGAGAUGGCAAGAGCUGGAAGACAAAGAUAAAAGACUUUAUCGAUUCCCAGAUGAGGAAGCUAAUUGAAAGGCAAGAGGCAUGGUUGGAGAAAGUAACAAAGACCCUGGAGCAAAAAGAGCAAGAGAGAACUUUGAGAGAGGAAGAAUGGAGGAAACGAGAAGCUGCAAGGAUAGAUAGAGAGCAGAAGUUUUGGGCUAAAGAACGAGCCUGGAUCGAAGCUCGUGAUGCUGCUUUAAUGGAAACAUUACGAAAAUUAACAGGAAGAGAAGUGAAUGCUUCGUCUGCUGAAGAACUAAUAAGGGUCUAUGAGAUUCAAAACCAAAGAGAAAAUGGAAUUGAAAGUGGUAGUGAAAGAGCACACAACAGUCUCAAAUGCGAAAGCUGGACAGAAGCUGAAACUGCAAGACUAAUGCAAUUGAGAAGUAACAUGGAAUCAAGAUUUCAGCAAAGUGGAUGCAUGGAGGAGGAAGCUUUAUGGGAGGAAAUAUCAGCAAAGAUGGCUUAUAUGGGCUAUGAAAAGAGUGCCUUGAUGUGCGAAGAGAAAUGGAAAAACAAGGAAGGCAACAAUAAGAAACGAAAGGAGAAUACAAGAGGCUCAUGUUACUUCCAAAGCAAUGAAUCUAUAUACAAUCCUGGAGGAACUUAUUGUGAAAUCAACGAACAAGGGCCAGAAACAGUGAGGCUACAAGCAAACGAAGGUUCAUCACCAGCAAAUUCUAAUGCUGGAAACACAGUAAGUGAAAGCUGCUUUCGAUUCUUGAUGGGGGAUGGAGGAGAGAACUUGUGGGAGAAUUAUGGAUUGAAGCUUAGUAAAGGAGAUUAAAAUCAAUAAAGCCAUAACUCUUACUGACAGUUUGUUUAGUUGGUCUACUAAGCAGGACCAAGGAGAUGAUGAUGUGAGGGAGAAAAAUUUACUAAUUAAAGAGGACAGGAGAUGGAAUUGCCACAGAUGGGACCUGAUUAUUACAGUCUGUAAGCAAGAAGAGCUGACUUAGGAUUUUUAUAUAAAUAUUGGGAUUGGUGUUCAUCUUUAAUGGGUUUUUAUUAAUUAUAUAGAGAUCAUUUAAGAGAAAAAAAAAUAAUGGGUUUUUUUCUUUUCAUGAGGAGCAGGAGGAAGAUGUAGAGUUGCAAUGUCGCCGGCCAGUAGUAGCUUUUGGCUCUCUUUCUAACAAUUUCCCUUUGAGAUUC